GAGCUCCUAAUCUACUGGAUUUUGCAGCUUUCUUAGGGAAACCAAGGGAAUUGGAUGAGAUGCGCCUGGAUGGGGGUGGUGGGAGGGUGGGAGAAAGGGAGCCCACAGGGGGCCUACCCUGGGUGUCUGGGCCUCCCACCGCCACCAGGUGUGGGUUCUUAGAUUGGACCCUGUAGACCUCUGGGAAGGUGUGAAUGGGCCCAGACAUCUUUAAGCUGUCCCCACAGCCCCGGUUAUGAAUAUGUGCAUAUCUGCCCUUCUCUGGGGAGGGCCUUCAUUGAAGCUGCACUCGGCUCUCAUGAGGGUCUCUGGCCCCAGAAGAAAAGAACGACAGUCUGCAUCUAAGUUACAGUGUUUCUGUUUUACACCAACCCUCUCUUUACUUCAUGAGCUCCCCCACUCUGUGACCCCACUAUCACCUUAGAAAUCACUCCCUCUGCCCCUUCUGACCCCACUUCACCUCAUGACCCCACUGUUAACCUUCUGUCCUAAUAUCUCUCCUUGCCCCUACAUGCUUUACCUCUGCAACACCCCCACCCUCAGCCCACUGCCUGUGGCCGCUACCACGGUGCCCUGUGCUCUUGCCCUCACCCUCUGUGACUCCCCCUCCACGCUCCGCCCAACACACACACACCGUGGCCCACCUUCCUUGCUGGACCAGCGCCCUGCCUACCUUAUGCCUGGCUUUCUUCACGGAUGACCUGUGCAUAUGGGAGAGAGGUUGGGGAUGUGGGAGUCGGGGAGGAGAGAAGAGUGAGGAAAAGCAGAAGAAGAAAGUGAAAGAAGCUGUGGAGGAAACCACAGAGCCUGUGGGGAAGGAGGGGUCAUCUCCAUGGUAACCCCUGCUUGUGGGGGGAAGGGUAUGAGGAGGUCCAAGGUCCGGUAGGCUGAGGCCACCUGAAGAAGCCCCCCCCCACCCCGGGGAAGGAGCCCCCCUGCCCCAGGCCCUCCUCCCAGCAGCUGCACUCCUACCAUCCACCUGCUGCUCACUGCACACCCACAGAGAUCGACACUUGUCUAGGUGUGGUGACAUGUCAGUCCCUGCCGCAGACCUGUGAACACAGAUCUCCAGUCCAGCUCCUUCUCAAAGCUCCCUGCGGUCAGGUGUGGGCUGGGAGCGGGUAUUCUCCACACCCCCUUCUCCAUCCCAGGCUUCAUCCUCGCCCCGGCUCCAGCGGCCAUGCCCCUACCCUCAGCUUCUCCCAUUCGCCUCCUCUGCGCCUUUCCCAGCCUCCACCGCCACCUUCUUGGCACAGUGGGCCCCCCCCCAAGUCUCAUUCUCUGAGCCUGGCCCUGUGUCUGUCUCCAACUUCCCAGCUGUCCAGACCUUGAAUUUCUCAGCCUCUCCACUUCUCACCGAGUUCCCUCUCAUCCACGGAGCCUAUUAUCAAGCCCUUAGGUUGUCCCGGGGUCUCUUGGAAGCCAUUGAUGUGAAUUAUCUCAUUUAAUUCUUGCAGCAAUCCUCAGUUGCACGGGACCGGUGAGAUGAGGCCACAGGAAGGCUAAGUAACUACAUCCCUGUAUCAUCACCCCCCUCGGCUCAGUUCCACCCCUAGGGGCUCCACCUUCUCCUAGGUCAGUUACCCCACCACCCCGAAAUCUCCUCCACCCCACCCCAGGGCGUGUCACUUCCUCCUCUGCAGCCUCCCAGAUCAGUACACAAAGGCAACAACGGCUGCUGGAGGAAGGGCUGCUCUUCACACGCCCGCCAUGGUGGCUUUGUCCAUGGUCCUUGUUUUCCUGCUGGUCCUGAGCAGAGGGGAGAGUGAAUUGGAUGCCAAGAUCUCAUCCCCCGAGAAGGCCACAGAAUGGAGGGAUCCCGAGCCACCCCUGCAGGGGUCCUGCCAGCCUGCCUCCUCCUGCCGGGAAUGCAUCCUCUCACACCCAAGUUGUGCAUGGUGCAAGCAACUGAACUUCACCGCGUCGGGGCUGGCCGAGGAGCGGCGCUGCGGCCGGCGACAGGAGCUGCUGGCCCGCGGCUGCCCCCCGGGGGAGCUGGAGGAGCCCCGCGGCCGGCUGGAGGUGCUGCAGGACCAGCCGCUGGGCCCGGGCACCCGCGGCGAGGGGGCCACGCAGCUGGCGCCGCAGCGGCUCCGGGUCACGCUGCGGCCCGGGGAGCCGCAGCGGCUCCGCGUGAGCUUCCUGCGGGCCGAGGGGUACCCGGUCGACCUGUACUACCUCAUGGACCUGAGCUACUCCAUGAAGGACGACCUGGAGCGCGUGCGCCAGCUCGGGCACGCCCUGCUGCUGCGGCUGCAGGAGGUCACGCACUCGGUGCGCAUCGGCUUUGGCUCCUUCGUGGACAAAACGGUGCUGCCCUUCGUGAGCACGGUGCCCUCCAAACUUCGCCACCCCUGCCCCACCCGGCUGGAGCGCUGCCAGCCCCCCUUCAGCUUUCACCAUGUGCUGUCCCUGACCGGGGAUGCGGAGGCCUUCGAGCGGGAGGUGGGGCGCCAGAGCGUGUCUGGCAACCUGGACUCCCCCGAAGGUGGCUUCGAUGCCAUUCUGCAGGCUGCACUCUGCCAGGAGCGGAUUGGCUGGAGAAAUGUGUCCCGGCUGCUGGUGUUCACUUCAGAUGACACAUUCCACACGGCUGGGGAUGGGAAGUUGGGUGGCAUUUUCAUGCCCAGCGACGGGCACUGCCACUUGGACAGCAAUGGCCUCUAUAGUCGCAGCCCAGAGUUUGACUACCCGUCUGUGGGUCAGGUAGCCCAGGCCCUGUCUGCGGCAAACAUCCAGCCCAUCUUUGCUGUCACCAGUGCCACGCUGCCUGUCUACCAGGAGCUGAGUAAGCUGAUUCCUAAGUCUGCAGUGGGGGAGUUGAGCGAGGAUUCCAGCAACGUGGUGCAGCUCAUCAUGGAUGCUUAUAAUAGCCUGUCAUCCACGGUGACCCUCGAACACUCUCCACUCCCUCCGGGGGUCCACAUCUCAUAUGAAUCUCAGUGUGGGGAUCCUGAGAAGAGGGAGAGUGAGGCUGGGGACCAGGGGCAGUGCAACCACGUCCGAACCAACCAGACGGUGAAUUUUUUGGUUACUCUCCAAGCUACCCGCUGCUUCUCAGAGCCCCAUUUUCUGAAGCUGCGAGCCCUUGGCUUCUCAGAAGAGCUGAUUGUGGAGUUGCACAUGCUGUGUGAUUGUAACUGCGGGGACACCCAGCCCCAGGCUCCCCACUGCAGUGAUGGCCAGGGGCUCCUACAAUGCGGGGUAUGCAGCUGUGCCCCCGGCCGCCUGGGUCGACUCUGUGAAUGCUCUGAGGCUGAGCUGUCCUCCCCGGAUCUGGAAUCUGGGUGCCGGGCCCCCAACGGGACGGGGCCCUUGUGCAGCGGGAAGGGACGGUGUCAUUGUGGACGCUGCAGCUGCAGUGGACAGAGCUCCGGGCGUCUGUGCGAGUGUGACGACGCUAGCUGUGAGCGCCACGAGGGCGUCCUCUGUGGAGGUACCUGCAGACUUUGGGAGAAGAGUGGGGGCGCAGAGUGGCUCCCAUGGGUAUUUAGGCUCUGGGAACUUCAUGGCCCUAAGGGCAGGUAUCGAGGGUUCUUGUGUAGGAGUUGCAGGUGCCUGGCCCACUUGGGAGGGAACUGGAUGCACAGGAGCAGACCAGCUCUAGGCAGCCCGUGGUGGCACGUGAUGCCAGUGUGUGAAGAGUAUGGGUGUCAGCCUGUGCGUGGCUCUGCCCCAGGCUUUGGCCGCUGCCGAUGUGGAUUGUGUCACUGUUACGCCAACCACACGGGCAGAGCGUGCGAGUGCAGUGGGGACACGGACCGCUGUAUCAGUCCCGACGGCAAUCUCUGCAGUGGGCACGGACGCUGCAAGUGCAACCGCUGCCAGUGCUCGGACGGCCACUUCGGCGCCCUCUGUGAGCAGUGCCCAGGCUGCGAGACGUCCUGUGAGAGAUACAGGGACUGUGCAGAGUGUGGGGCCUUUGGGACUGGUCCCCUGGCCCUCAACUGCAGCAGGGCUUGUGCCUCUGCCAACGUGACUCUGACUUUGGCCCCUAUCCUGGAUGAUGGCUGGUGCAAAGAGAGGACCCUGGACAACCAGCUGUUCUUCUUCCUGGUGGAGGAGGAAGCCGAAGACAAGGUCGUGCUGAGAGUGAGACCCCAAGAGAGAGUAGAUCACACCCAGGCCAUCGUGCUGGGCUGCAUGGGGGGCAUCGUGGCGGUGGGCUUGGGGAUAGUCCUGGCUUACCGGCUUUCUGUGGAAAUCUACGAUCGCCGAGAAUACAGGCGCUUUGAGAAGGAGCGGCAGCAGCUCAACUGGAAGCAGGACAGCAAUCCUCUCUACAGAAGUGCCAUCACGACCACGGUCAACCCCCACUUUCAGGAGGCAAGGAGUCCCCUUCUCUGAAGCGGGGGGACGAACACUCCUCCCAGGGCUCUUCUCUUUCUUCUCAGUGGCCUGGUAGGGGACUACUGAGGAACGGUCACCACCUACUUCAUUCUGACACCCGAGGGCUGCCUACCCCCGCAGCCUCGCUUCCCUACCUCACGAGUGGCGGUCAGCCCCUGCGCCCCCGUAUACAAUAAAGAUUCUUA